AAAGCGCAAAGUGAAAAUGGCAGAUCAGAUGGCGACGCUUUUUCUUCUCCCUCCCCAAUACGAAACCCUCUUUUUAACGCUCUCUUAGCUUUCGUUUCACAAUUGAAAACUACAGCAACAACAAUAAGAAGAAGAUGGAGAACGAAUCCUCGGCUAUGGAGGAGAUCAGAGGCCUCCCCACGCACGGAGGAACCUACUUGCUCUACAAUGUUCUCGGCAACUUCUUCGAGCUCUCCGCCAAGUACGCCUCUUCCAUUCAACCUGUUGGUCGUGGCGCUUACGGCAUUGUUUGUUGUACGACGAAUUCGGAGACGAAAGAAGAGGUUGCGAUAAAGAAGAUAGGGAACGCAUUUGACAACAGGAUUGAUGCCAAGAGGACCCUUCGCGAGAUUAAACUCCUGUGCCAUAUGGACCAUGACAAUAUUAUAAAAAUCAGGGAUAUAAUUCCUCCACCAGAGAAGGAAAAAUUCAGUGAUGUGUAUAUUGUGUAUGAAUUAAUGGACACUGACCUGCAUCAGAUUAUUCGCUCUAGCCAGGCUCUGACGGACGAUCACUGUCAGUACUUCUUGUACCAAUUACUGCGAGGUUUGAAGUAUCUACACUCUGCUAAUGUCUUGCACCGAGAUCUAAAACCAAGCAACCUUCUUCUCAAUGCAAAUUGCGACCUCAAGAUUUGUGACUUUGGGUUAGCAAGAACGACCUCGGAGACAGAUUUCAUGACAGAAUAUGUUGUAACCCGAUGGUAUCGAGCCCCUGAACUGCUGCUCAACACUUCUGAAUACACUGCAGCAAUAGAUAUUUGGUCUGUUGGAUGUAUUCUCAUGGAAAUUCUAAGGAGGGAGCCACUGUUUCCUGGUAAAGACUAUGUGCAGCAACUCGGGCUUAUAACCGAGUUGCUAGGUUCACCAGAUGAUUCAGAUCUUGGGUUUCUAAGAAGUGAUAAUGCAAGGAAGUAUGUUAAGCAACUCCCUCAUUUCCCGAAGCAACCGCUGACCGAAAAGUUCCCAGAUCUUCCUCCACUGGCCGUUGAUCUUGCAGAGAGGAUGCUAAUCUUUGAUCCAAGCAAGAGAAUAACUGUCGAGGAGGCGAUGAGUCACCCAUAUGUAGUAAGUCUUCAUGAAAUCAAUGAAGAACCAACCAGCCCUGCCCCUUUCAACUUCGAUUUUGAACAGGCAUCCUUGGAUGAAGAAGAUAUAAAAGAGCUUAUAUGGAGGGAGUCUCUCAAAUUUAAUCCAAAUUACAAAUAGUUUCAAACAUUUCGCUCAUCUUCAGUUUAUUGGGUCUUGAUUGAAGAGUUGAUUUCGUUUCGAAUACUAAACGAGUCCAAUAGUGUGAAUUGAUGUUGUAUUAGCGGUUGGCAAGUUGGAACCGAAUUUGGGAACAAAUAGUUCUUGUAUAUAAUAUAAUCAUGAAGAAGGUUCAUUUAUCAGGGAUUGGAUUCACCAUCUUGUGGAUGAUGGCUGGUGUGACAUAAGAAAGGGCUGCAUCGUCCUCGGCCUCGCAUCGAGUUUCUUUGCCUAUGUUUUUUAGUACUCUAGGAAGUGAAAAUUGUGACUCCUACAGGAAAAAGAAAAAGACAAGAAGAUAAAAUGUUAUGGUUUGCUUCUCUUUUCUGGUAUUAUUGCUAUUGUUUAAUACCACAACAUACAGUUUUGUUUUUUGGGGAUUGUGAGUUCAUGUUGACAAUGGAAUUACUGUUAUCAACAUUCAAAGCU